AUGGCCACCGUGGCGGCGACCAUGGCGACGCCGACGCGCCACCGCCAGUUCCGCGUGCGCGCCGCCUGGGACAUGAACCCGGGCGCCGCCACCGUCGCCGUGCCCAAGCCGUCAAAGGACAAACCCAAGCCAGCCCUGGGGCAGUCGCCGGCGGCGGCGACCACCCCCGCACGCGCACCCCCUCCCACACACGCCGACCUCUUCGCGCGCAGCAGCGAGGACCAAGCAAAGAAGAGCACGUACAUGGGGUUUGAGAAGUGGUGGUUGCCGCCUGCGCCAGAGGUGAAGAAACCCCGUUCACUCUACAACGCGGCAUCGCUGGCAUACUUGGGGGACUGCAUAUAUGAACUCUAUGCUCGGAGACACUUCUUCUUUCCUCCACUGAGCAUCAAUGAAUACAAUAAGCGUGUGAUGGAUGUUGUGAAAUGUGAAUCACAGGAUCUGCUGCUGAACAAACUCCUGGGAGAGGAUUUUCUAACUGAAGAAGAAAGGGACAUACUUCGUUGGGGAAGGAACAUCGUUAGCAGCAAAACUCGUACAAGAAAACGGGCAGGAAUCGCAGUGUACAAUCGAGCAUCUUCACUUGAAACACUGAUCGGAUAUCUUUACCUCACGAAUUUCAAGCGCUUGGAGCAAAUGAUGUUCCAGUUAGGAUUCACAAGUGGUGCUUCGUCACAGAAUAUUGCAGAUGAGCUGCUCUCAAGCUUCCAGGAAAACAACCUCAACUUCUGUACAAUCUCAGCAACCUGCAAAGCGAUGAGCAGUUUCAGUAUGUAA